CUUCCUCCUCUACUGCUCCUCCUAUCAGUCCAUCUCCACCUCCUCCAUCUCUGCCUCUUCCCUCUACAUACAAUCAUCAGCUCUACUCUAUUACUGUACACAGAGGAAGGAGCAAGAUGAGGAAUCGCAGCAGCCUGCUGCACACAGCACGGGGUCUCUAGAAGGGUGGGCAUGUCCCCUGGACUAGUCUCAACUCACCUCCAAACUCACACAGCAGAUGUGAUUUCCUGUUGUCUGUCCCCAAGGAAGGUGUUCUUUUUGUGGAGUUGAUGGCAUGCACAGAGGCACAGUGGCACAGUGGACGGAACGUUCUCUAUACUCCUAACUCGUACUGAGGAGCCGUACCUGGAUGUGAGGGUGUGAAGAUUUGCAUAUGUGUCUUGUGCCCAUGGAAUCAUGGAUAAUGAAUGUUCUGCCAGCAUGAAUCCCAGCUGAGAAGCCAUCAGAAAAGACGGACCCUCAGCAAGCACUGGCAGGGUGCUGCACCUGCCUGAAACAUGUGUCAGGACUUGGGCUAGGAACCCCCCCCAUGCCAACCCCCAAUGAUGCCAAAGAGGAGCAGCUGAGAGGAAGGGUGCCUUGUCACCCGCACAGACUUGCGGAACUAUGAUAGCAACUGGAGGAGUUAUAACAGGACUGGCAGCCUUAAAAAGGCAAGAUUCAGCCAGAUCCCAGCACCUCCUUUCCCGGCCUAUAUCUCCACCAGCUGAGAAGAAGCCUGUAAGACGUCGUCCAAGAGCAGAUGUAGUGAUUGUUAGAGGGAAGAUUCGACUUUAUUCUCCUUCUGGAUUCUUCCUGAUUUUGGGGGUCUUGAUUUCUGUAGCAGGAAUUGCAAUGGCAGUACUUGGUUACUGGCCUCAAAAAGAAACAUUUUUAACACCAGAGCUUGCUUUAGAGGUUAAUAAAACAGAAAUACUUCGAGAAACUGGGAUGAUGGUGAGAUUUUUCGAGCAGCAUCUGCAUUCUGAGAGAAUGAAAAUGCUGGGUCCUUUUACAAUGGGUAUUGGAAUAUUUAUCUUUAUUUGUGCUAAUGCCAUACUUCAUGAAAAUCGUGAUAAGGAGACAAAAGUUAUUCAUAUGAGGGAUAUAUAUUCAACUGUUAUAGACGUUCAUAGCAUGAAGAUCAAAGAACAGAAGCAUCUAAACGGAGCUUUCUCUGGCUUUUAUGGGGAAACUGAGUUCCGUCAUUCUGACAAUCCUUGUGCUUCCAAAUUGGCUGCCAAUACUAUUGCAUCUUUUCCUGGAAGCUACAGGAGUUGCAGCUCUAUUGAUGAUGAAGAGAGGUUUCCCAGGGAAAGCAAAGGUUUUACUAAUCUUCUGCCUCCACUUCUUAUGGAAAGAUCAGGCUCAGUGUUUGGCCUUCAUAAUUAUUCUAACAGAAGUGGAGAUGAUAAAAAUAGCAGCUCCAAGAAAUGUGAAACUAAGUCCAUAGUGUCAUCUUCAAUCAAUGCUUUUACAUUGCCCGUAAUAAAACUGAAUAACUGUGUUAUUGAUGAGCCUGAUAUUGAUAACAUUACAGAAGACUCAGAAAUCAACAAUAGCAGGCCUAGAAAAGUAUCAACGGAUUCACUAGUAUUACCUAUACCUGAUGAUGGAAACAUACAAUAUAAACCUCCCAAUACACCUUUAUCACGUAGCUACUCUAUUAUGGAACCACUCAGAAGUGACUCUUUAGCUCCCGCACCAAAUAAUGGUAAGCUUUUAUCUCCAGGUGCUGCUCCAAAACAAUUUGGAUCCAACACUUCUUUGCAUAUUUUAUCUUCGCAUUCUAAAUCUUUAGACUUAGACAGAGGUCCUUCUACACUUACAGUUCAAGCUGAACAAAGAAAGCAUCCAAGCUGGCCAAGGCUUGAUCUCAGCAAGGGGUACAUGAAACUUGAGAAUAAAGAAGAUCCAAUGGACAGGUUGAUUGUACCCCAGGCCCCUCCAGCAAAAAAAGACUACACCAACAAGGAAAAACUGCUCAUGAUCUCAAGAUCACACAAUAACUUAAGUUUUGAACAUGAUGAGUUUUUAAGUAAUAACCUUAAGAGGGGUACAUCAGAAACAAGAUUUUAAAUUUUAGCUGAAGACUUGUAA